CAGCUCUACCAACAGCUGGAUCCCAAGUUGGUCUGUAUAUUAGUUAGAUUAUUAGUAGAUUUUAUAUUUUAUUAUCACCUGUGAGCCGUUGACAUCGAUGAUCAAAGUAAAGGAAGUUAUCUUUCAAAGUGGCGAUCAAGAUCUAAGUAUAAAAUGGGUGCAGACGGUGGCUCAUUCGUUUAUAGAUCUGAACUAGUAAAGACUAAAAAGAAACCAGAAGUUAAGAGUGAUGAUAUUUCACGUAUAGCUGCAUGGUUUUAUUGUGCAUUAUCAAAGAAAUUGUUAAAAAAACCAAUCGUUUCUUGUGAACUCGGUAAAUUAUACAAUAAAGAGGCUAUCGUAGAAUACUUACUUAAUAAAUCAACUUACGGCGAUGGUCAGAAGAUUUGUGGACAUAUUAGAUCACUUAAGGAUAUAAAAGAACUCAAUUUAACCGCCAAUCCUUCUUUCAAAGACGAUGUUGAUAACGAAUCAAUGUUAAAUAACUCACCUUUUAUCUGUCCGAUAACGAUGAAAGAGAUGAAUGGAAAGCAAAGGUUUGUAUACAUACCAAAAACCGGAGUCGUUGCUUCAGAAAGUGGUCUCAAAUCAAUGAACAACGGUUCGAAAGUAGGAAGUUGUCCUGAAACUGGCCAAGAAUAUAACUUUGAUGAGCUCAUAACACUCAAUCCAUCCAGUGAAGAAGAAACAGUCAUGAAGGAACAACUCUACGCCAAAAGGUUGAAACAAUCUGAUAAUAAAAAGACUAAGAAACGUAAAGCAGCAGCUGAUGCCACUGUGCAAGUCACAAAAGCUAAGAAAUAUGAUGACGAACCUGUCUCUGAUGUUGUCAAGGGUGCACGUCAAGCAGUUUCGGAUGCAUUGAAUAGUUCAUCAAAGGACGUCGUUCACAGUGAUGCUGUAAAGUCAAUAUUUGGUCCUAAGGAUAUUCCAAAAUCUGGUAGACGGACAGAUGCGGAAUGGAUGACUCAAGGUACUUGGAACAGGUAUGCCACUUAAUUUAUUAAUGCAAUUUGUACUACUAUUAUACAACACUUCCUGAAACUUUCUUAAAUAAAUAUGUGACCCUUCC